GUCGCGAACAAACGAAGUUGUGCAACGUAUUACUCGAAUCACUAUAAUUUUUCCCACUAUCAAUCUUUACAACCGUUAUCUCCAGUUACGCACAGAUAGUCGCACUGUGCGGAUAUUUAUAAGCUCUAUUUGUAUCGUUUCGGUCAUAUUUUAAUGUUUACUAUAAGAAUAAAAUAACACUCGUCGAUUCACACUUCAUACUCAUGAAUCCGGUUUUAAUCAAAUUAAUAAAAAUCCCGAAAAAAGAAGUAUUGCUUAAACGAUUCAGCAGUUUGUUUAUUGAAAACAAAAGUCUUGAUAAGACUCAUUGGAUCUCUUAUCGAAGAUACGCAACUUACAAUAUGGAAGCAAUAAGUGAUCCAUAUCGGAGACAUCUUUUCGACGAUGAUACUUUAUUCAAUGUUUAUAAAAAUGAAUCAAUAAACUUAUCGGUUGGUGCCCCUGGACCGGAUCUGCUCCAAGAUUGUGUAGAACUUAUGAAAAAAGCCACAAAUCAUCGCUUGGAAGAAGAAAAAGAUGAAGGAAAAUAUUAUCUGUUUCAAUAUGGUAUGACAGCAGGUUUAUGGGAGUGCCGUGAAGAAUUGUCCAAAUUCUUGAGCAGACGUUACGGUGAUCCUGUGAAACGAGAAAAUUUAAUAUUAACAUGUGGAGCUUCUCAUGGCCUGACACUUUUAUUGAAUACUAUUCUUUCACCAAAUGGAGUAAUUUUUGUAGAAGAAGUAACUUAUAUGAUAGCCUUAGAUACUUUCAAACAAUUUCCAUUAAUGAAAAUAGUCACAGUACCAAUGAAAGACGAUGUAGUAGAUUUAGAUGCAUUUGAAAAAAUAGUCGCAGAAGAAAAAUGUAAUGGUAAUUUCUUAAUGAAUGAGCAAAAACUAUUCUGGGCUUUGUUUUACACGAUUCCUACUUUUCAUAAUCCGACUGGUACAACUUUACCUCCUGAAAGCUGCAAGCGUCUUGUUAAAAUAGCACGAAUGAAUUCUUUAUUAGUCGUUUGUGACGAUGUAUAUAAUUUAUUGUAUUAUGGAGAUGGUUUACCACCACACCGAUUAUUCUUUUACGACCAACCAACAGAUCCUGAAUAUAAAAGUGGAAAUAUUGUAUCAAAUGGAUCAUUUUCAAAAAUUCUUUCUCCAGCACUUCGCUUUGGUUGGAUUGAAUGUAGCCCACAACUUGCUAAUAUCUUUAGAGUUUCGGGAAUUUUAUGCAGUGGUGGUGCAGUUAAUCAUUAUGGUUCUGGUGUUGUUGCAAGUAUAUUACGGUUAAAUCUUCAAGAUAAUUAUCUUGAUAAACUGAUUGAAACAUAUAAGGAACGAUUAUCAGUAUUAUGUAAUGUAUUGGAUCAGAAUUUACCACAAUGUUGUUCAUACAAAAAACCAGAAGGUGGUUACUUUGUGUGGAUUCAUCUACCUUCAGGAAUAAAUGGCACUGAUUUUAUUCAAUGGUGCCAGAAAGAAUACAAGGUAUCUGCCAUACCAGGUAUACGAUUUUCAUAUUCAGGAAAAUCUCACAACUUUCUACGACUUAGCAUAAGUUUUCAUAGAAAAGAUGUUUUAGAAACUGCCGCAAUGGCUCUUUGUAAAGCUCUUUCAGACUAUGUUACAAAAAAUAGUAACUGUAAAUAAGUAUAAUAUAAUAAUUUCCCAAUGUUAUAUAAUGUUAUAGUAUUAUAAAUCUUUAAAUAAAAUUGUUAUAAAAAUAAAUAAUGCAAAGAUAUGAGAUAUCACGGAAGGCAAAACUUGACAGUAGUGUCUACUGUAUCAUAAACAUUGUUUAUUAUGCAUAUAUACAUUACUACAAACAAAAAUGAAACAUUAUAGUAUGGUUUUAUGAUUUUAUGAUUCACCUAAAAGUUCUUUCUGUUUGGCUUUCAAUAAUUGUUCUGCUUUAUCUACAUAUUGCUUUUGUAUAGCACUUAUAUAAUUUUCAGCUUUAAACAUUAAGUCUUUUGGUAUUCCUUCUUGUUUUUUCAGACUUUUAAUAUGUUCAUUUCUUAUAUUACCAACAAGAUCUUUGCAUUUUACAAAGUAUUGUUUUGCUACUUUUGCUAAACCUUCUCUGUGUUCCUUAGUGACUCUAGCAGUGGAAUAUAAAUAGUUGUACCAUCUUGUUGUGGAUUUAAAUUCAUUUGAGAUUUUGAUAUAGCUUCUACAAUACUUGGAAUUAUUUGUGGAAAUGCAGAUGCAUCCAAUACUACCAAAUUAGACUUUCGAUUAAUCUCUACAAGCUCUUCAAGAUUAUGUUCUUCAUCUUCAAAUAUUAUUGUCAGUUCUUCUAUGGCACCUACUCUUGUACGUACAGCUAAGUUUUUGAUCAUCUCAUCUUUGUAUUUUUCAAUUGCUCCAUCAAAUUGAGACAUCAUACGAUCUACUUUCACAAUAUCAGAUAUUUCAUUAAGGUUAACAUGUAUGACUUGUUUUUUAUUGCUAGGUCGAUCUUUACUUUUAAAUAAUAUAUCACCGGUAGAAAACUUAUUUAUGUUACACAAUUUAAGUGAAAAAUUAUAUAAAUUAAUAUGUGUAUUGGUUGAUAUUAGCGUAUUAGAUAUAUUUCUGGAAUUUUUCAAAUAAUGUAAACAUCUAGCAUAUUGUGGUAAAGUAUUUAAUUCUAUAAUACAAAUUCUCAAAAAACUUAAAUUCAUUAUUGCUUGAAUACUUAAAAAACGUUAUAUGGUGAAAAUUUAUUAGAAAUUAUUAAGAAAUAAUACUAAAAUUCCACUAUAAAAUUCCACCAAUCGAUGCUCAAACUGAUACUAAUAUUUACACGAUUUAGUAAGGUUAGAAACCACACACUGUACCAUACACGUAUUUAUAAACCUAACCAAUUUUUUGUAACUUUAACAGUACUUUAAAUUUGAAGGACUAGCACAAAUAUAGUUGAAAUACACCAAAAUGUGCUAGUACACUUCAUACGUAUAUUAUAUAAUUUUGUUUAAUUUUAUGAUUUUAUUUAAAAUAUUAUAAAUACUAUUGAAAUAUGGCUAAUUGCUGUAUAUAACGCGAUAAAUAUAAAACGGUAACAUAAUAAAAUAACAAGAUACAGAUAUACAUUUAUUUAUGUAUCUAUCUAAGACAAUAGUGCUAUAUUAAUAAUAUUAGUUAGGAAGAAUUAUAAAAUAGAUACAGAUUGUUAAAAAUAAGAUAUAUAGAUUUAUAACAAUCCACAAUGAACAAGACACCAGUAUCUAUUUUACAAGAAAUGAUGGUGAAAAAUCUAUCAAUACCUACUUAUGAACUUAUACAUGAUGGAGGUGGUUCACAUAUAAAUACUUUUACAUACCGAGUAACUUGUGAUGGUCUUACAGCUACUGGUAUGGGACGUUCUAAAAAAGAUGCAAAACACGAAGCUGCAAGAGCAAUGUUAGAAACUAUUGCUGAACAUAGAGGCUAUUUACAAUUACCAGCAUCACCAGCACAAUCACCUGUAAGAACGCCUUUACCACCAGUAGCUCCUGAGGUACAAAGAAUUCCACCAGAUGUACCAUUUGUUAAUGCAGUUGGUGCUUUACAAGAUUUAUGUGCUGGAAAUAAUUUAAGUGAACCUAAAUAUGAACAAAUUAGCGAAGUUGGCCCUCCACAUGCAAAAGUUUUCACCAUUCAAUGUGAUGUAACCACUUUUAAAGAAAUUGGUGUUGCAAGAACAAAAAAGCAAGCCAAACAGGAUGCUGCUAAAAAGAUGUUAGAUAAAUUAACAAAUUUAGUACCUGAAUUUAAACUCUCAUGUGAUUCAGAAAUAAGUCAGCAAGAAAAUAUUUCUCAAGAAAUUGCUAAAACUCGAUAUCCUAUGCUUUCAAAGUUACCUAUAACUAAAAAAAUUAAUUUAGGUGUUAAGUUAUCGGAAUAUCAUAUUCAGUUAAAGAGCCAGUUUGAUAAUGAGCUACGCCAAGAUUUAAUCGAGAAAUUAUCAACAAUUAAUCCAUCAUCUGAAAAUUCUAUAAAUGAAAAAUAUGUAACAACGUUACUAGCAAAAUUUCAAGAGAUAUUGAUGUCUAUUGGUUUGAAUAUAACAGUCACAACAUUACCAUCUUCAGAGAACACACUUGUAGGCAUGAGAAUAAGUACAUCUCCUAGUAUUGUUGAAAUUGGAUUAGCAAACACAAGAACAGAAGCUGAAUUGAAUGCAAUAUUAAAAUUAAUUAAUACUUUGAUACUUCGUUUAAAAUAAGAAUAGAAUAAUUACAGAUAAAACAAAUAAAUGUCAAAGAAUGUCUUGAAAAAUAUGCAAAUUUUCUUCCAUUAUAUUGACAUAUUUCAAAAUUAAUUGCAUCAUUAAAUAUCAAUUAAAAUACUUUAAAUGUAUAAUAGUCACAGUCGAUAUUUAGUAAUGUAACUAAUUUUGAAAUAUAUCAAUAAAAAAAGAAUUUGUUAUAGUAACAAAAUAUUUUUUUAUAUAUUUUAUCCUAUUUUAAGUAUUAUAGUAUUUCC